AUGUCAGCACAAUAUGAAGAAUCAUUCAAAAAUAAUGGUAUACUUUCAGAACAUUUUUAUGAACCAAGAAAUUUUACAGAUGAAUGUGAUGAUCCUAGUAUUAGUAGAUACAUGGGUACUGUUUCAUGUAGAAAUAUUUGCCUAACAAUAACACAAGAUAUAAUAAGUUUAGGUAUUCGAACGGGUCAAAAAUUAACAAUUCGUGGUUGUUCUACUAAAUUAACUAAAUUAGGAUUUAGAAAUAGAACAAUGAAUAUAAUGGAUCGUUUUGAUAAUUGUCGAUAUGUAAAAGCUUCCGAUUUAUUUUUAUAUCCUGUAGAUGAUUCAGUUACGGUACAUGUAUGUAGUUGUCUUGGUGAUAGAUGUAAUGGUUCAAAACGCAGUAAUAGUCAUACUAGUAUAUACUCAACAGCUUUUUUCAUAUGUAUUAUGUUACCAUUUUUAUUAUGCUCAAAUAUUUACAAUCAAGUUAUUAAUUUUUUCUUAAAUUAA